GAUCUUUUGCAGGCGGUGCAGGGAAGGGGAGACCCGAGAGCUCCCUUAUCGUGGAGGAGCCCGCUUGGCCCCGUGGGGGGUUGGGGGGAGGCGACCUGUAAGGGUCCUGUUACCUCCAGGCAGGAGCGCCUCCUCCGCGGACUGGUCCCGGAUCAGCGGGGCACUGUGCCCAGGGUCACCGCUGGGCCCCGGCAGUUGGGGUCUUCCGAGGGACAACCCCUGUGGGCCUCUCAGGUGCUGUCAUCCCUGCAAGUGGGCCCCGCGGGCAGCCUUGUCAGCCGGGGGCCUGCGGAGGCUGCUCAGGGCUGGGCGGGCACUGCCAGGCCUCCUUCUCGCUCCCUCUUUCCUGCUCCAAUGCCACCCCACUCCUUCUCUGCGGGAGAGCCCUAGACGUGGGGCGGCUCACCCCUCCCCCGGGAAGCGUGGAGUAGCUGUCCCGGCGUGGGCCUUACAGUGGCGGGGGCUUCCGUGGGUCUGGCCAGGCUGAAAAGACCCUGGGAAGGGAAGAUCUUUCCCUCGGGUCUCUGGCUGCAGUGUUCAUGCGUCCCUAGAGGGCCACAUUCUUGUGUGGCUGUGUGAUGGUAUGCAUAGUUAGGGACGCAAACUUAGUAUUGACUGGUAGGCCUCUUGUGCACCGGGGCUGCCGACUGUGUUUUGCAGGCGUUACUGUGCAGACGGUGGAGUUACAAAAAUUGUUCUUUUGUGCCAGGUCUCCAAACGCUUUUCAAUGGUUUGGCCGGUUCCGCUCACCGAUGUUUAGAAUUGUGCCUAUAGUUUGGAUUGUCUGUGACCAUUUUUGUAGAAAGUGUUCUUGUUAUAUUCUUGUCAAUGCUGCUAAUGUGAGGUGGGCCAGAUUUUGCUCCUCUGAAGAAAGACGGACUUAAGGACCACAGUACAGCUAUGGAUAGUGAACCAAACCCUGGAACAUCAUCUGCGUCAACAACAACCAGUAGCACCACCACUACCACCAUCACCACUUCAUCCUCUCGAAUGCAGCAACCACAGAUCUCUGUCUACAGCGGAUCAGACCGACAUGCUGUACAGGUAAUUCAACAGGCAUUGCAUCGCCCCCCCAGCUCAGCGGCUCAGUACCUUCAGCAGAUGUAUGCAGCUCAGCAGCAGCACCUAAUGCUGCACACUGCAGCUCUUCAGCAGCAGCACUUAAGCAGCUCCCAGCUUCAGAGCCUUGCUGCCGUUCAGGCAAGUCUGUCCAGUGGAAGACCAUCUACGUCCCCCACAGGAAGUGUCACACAACAGUCAAGUAUGUCCCAGACAUCUAUCAACCUCUCCACUUCUCCUACACCUGCACAGUUAAUAAGCCGUUCCCAGGCUUCCAGUUCUACCAGCGGCAGUAUUACCCAACAGACUAUGUUGCUAGGGAGUACCUCCCCUACCCUAACUGCAAGCCAAGCUCAAAUGUAUCUCCGAGCUCAAAUGCUGAUUUUCACACCCGCUACCACUGUGGCUGCUGUACAGUCUGACAUUCCUGUUGUCUCGUCGUCAUCAUCUUCCUGUCAGUCUGCAGCUACUCAGGUUCAGAAUUUAACAUUACGCAGCCAGAAGUUGGGUGUGCUGUCUAGCUCACAGAAUGGUCCUCCAAAAAGCACUAGUCAAACUCAGUCAUUGACAAUUUGUCAUAACAAAACAACAGUGACCAGUUCUAAAAUCAGCCAGCGAGAUCCCUCUCCAGAAAAUAAUAGGAAAGGAGAAAGCCCAAGUCUGGAGUCGAGAAGCACCGCUGUCACCCGGACAUCAAGUAUUCACCAGUUAAUAGCACCAGAGGAAGGUGUCAGGGAAUCAACUAAGUCAUUUUCAUCCUCAUCAGCCUUUGAAUCCCACCUGCACUUCUGCUGUCCACAGAUAACCUUGAGUCACGGUUCUCAUGCUGAAACUGUUGGAGCCGCCUGGACUUCAUAUCCUCCAAUUCAGCCUCAUCCUCUAAUAAAACAUCAGCAGAUUCCUCUUCAUUCAUCACCUCCCAAGGUUUCCCAUCAUCAGCUGAUAUUACAACAGCAGCAACAGCAAAUUCAGCCAAUCACACUCCAAAAUCCAACUCAAGAUCCGCCCCCAUCCCAGCACUGUAUACCACUCCAAAACCAUGGCCUUCCUCCAGCUCCCAGCAAUGCCCAGUCACAGCAUUGCUCACCAAUUCAGAGUCAUCCCCCUCCCUUAACAAUGUCUCCUAGCCAGUCACAGUCAGCACAGCAGUCUGUGGUGGUAUCUCCUCCACCACCUCAUUCACCAAGUCAGUCUCCUACUAUAAUUAUUCAUCCACAAGCACUUAUUCAGCCACACCCUCUUGUGUCAUCAGCUCUCCAGCCAGGGCCAAACUUGCAGCAGUCCACUGCUAAUCAGGUGCAGCCGACAGCCCCGCUGAAUCUUCCAUCCCAUCUUCCACUUUCAGCUUCCCCUGUUGUACACAUUGGCCCAGUUCAGCAGUCGGCCUUGGUGUCCCCAGGUCAGCAGAUUGUGUCUCCAGCAUCACACCAGCAAUAUUCAACCCUGCAGUCCUCUCCAAUCCCAAUUGCAACCCCUCCGCAAAUGUCGACAUCUCCUCCAGCUCAGAUUCCACCACUGCCCUUGCAGUCUAUGCAAUCUUUACAAGUGCAGCCUGAAAUUCUAUCCCAGGGCCAGGUUUUGGUACAGAAUGCUUUGGUGUCAGAAGAGGAGCUUCCAGCUGCAGAAGCUUUGGUCCAGUUGCCGUUUCAGACUCUUCCUCCUCCACAGACUGUAGCGGUAAACCUACAAGUACAACCACCAGCACCUGUUGAUCCACCAGUGGGAAUGCAUUUGAACCAGUGUCAUCUGCACAAAGUUUUUUCUCUUAAGGUGUAUCAAGUAGAAGAUGUGUGUGAAGAAGAAAUGCCAGAGGAGUCAGACGAAUGUGUCCGGAUGGACAGGACCCCACCGCCACCCACACUGUCCCCGGCAGCUAUCACCGUGGGGAGAGAAGAUCUGACUUCUGAACAUCCUUUGUUAGAGCAAGUGGAAUUACCUGCUGUGGCAUCAGUCAGCGCUUCAGUAAUUAAAUCGCCUUCAGAUCCUUCACAUGUUUCUGUUCCUCCUCCUCCACUUUUACUUCCAGCUGCUACCACAAGGAGUAAUAGUGCAUCUGUGCCCAGUAGCAUUCCCAGUAUAGAAAACAAACCUCCACAGGCCAUUGUUAAACCACAGAUCUUGACACAUGUCAUCGAAGGCUUUGUGAUUCAGGAGGGAUUGGAGCCAUUUCCUGUGAGUCGUUCAUCUUUGCUAAUAGAACAGCCUGUGAAAAAAAGGCCUCUUUUGGAUAAUCAGGUGAUAAAUUCUGUGUGUGUUCAGCCAGAGCUACAGAACAACACAAAGCAUGCAGAUAAUUCAUCUGACACAGAGAUGGAAGACAUGAUUGCAGAAGAGACAUUGGAAGAAAUGGACAGUGAGUUGCUCAAGUGUGAAUUCUGUGGGAAGAUGGGAUAUGCUAAUGAAUUUCUGCGGUCAAAGCGAUUCUGCACUAUGUCAUGUGCCAAAAGGUACAAUGUUAGCUGUUCUAAAAAAUUUGCACUUAGUCGUUGGAAUCGUAAGCCUGAUAAUCAGAGUCUUGGGCAUCGUGGCCGUCGUCCAAGUGGCCCUGAUGGGGCAGCAAGAGAACAUAUCCUUAGGCAGCUUCCAAUUACUUAUCCAUCUGCAGAAGAAGACUUGGCUUCUCAUGAAGAUCCUGUGCCAUCUGCUAUGACAACACGCCUGCGAAGGCAGAGUGAGCGGGAAAGAGAGCGUGAGCUUCGGGAUGUGAGAAUUAGGAAAAUGCCUGAGAACAAUGACUUGCUACCAGUUGCACAAACAGAGCCCUCUAUAUGGACAGUUGAUGAUGUCUGGGCCUUCAUCCAUUCUUUGCCUGGCUGCCAGGAUAUCGCAGAUGAGUUCAGAGCACAGGAGAUCGAUGGACAGGCCCUUCUCUUGCUAAAAGAAGACCAUCUUAUGAGUGCAAUGAAUAUCAAGCUGGGCCCAGCCCUGAAGAUCUGUGCACGCAUCAACUCUCUGAAGGAGUCUUAACAGGAUCAUGAGCCUUUGAGAUAACAGGAGUUUUACUCUUCUUAAACAAACUCGUAAGGUCGGCCUGUUGGUCUGGAAUAUUAUCACUUAUUGUGGUGGAUAGCCAAGUACAUUGGGAUUUCCACAUCAGAAGCUGAUAUUUCUUCUACAGAUACAAUAAUUCAUCAUAAAUUUUCAUAAUCAGCCAACAUUGGUGAAAUUCAUUUUACAGAUUACACACAACAUAAAGACUUGUUACAGAGGGCCAUGAUAUUUUUCAAAGAAAUAUGUUAUAGUACAUAAUUUUUUAAGAAGUAAUGUUUAUCAUUAAUAUAAAGAAUUCUUUUAAAAGUAAUUUAAUGAUUUAUGUUUUUCCUCUUUUGAACCAAUUUUGUUAUACGCUUUCCUAUUCUAUAAGUUUUCCAUAGGUUGUCAUGAGAGGUAAUUUAGGAGUCCAGUGACUAGGAUCAUAUGCAGUGAGCUACCAGAGCAUUUUAAAAGAACAUGUCUGUUAGAAAGCUGCUUUGUCUGUAAAAAAGAAUUGCAUUCUAGCAUGAAUAAUACUGAUCUGGAAGUCCGAAGAGUUGGUUUCUGUUCCAAACUUGACCAAGAAUUUGUUGUAGCUGGAAAGUUUUCCUCUUAGAUUUUGUAUAUUUAGAGCUAUGGUUCCCAAGGGAGAUCAGUUUUGCUGCCCAGGGGACGUUUUGGUUGUCACAGCUUGUGUGGACGAGGGUGGGUGGCUUUUGUGCCUGACACAUGGAGGACAGGGGGACUGCUGUCUCUCCCACAGCACACAGGACAGCCCUCUGCAGCAGAGUUACGCGGUCCAAAAUGUCAGUAGUGCCAGGGUUGAGAAACUCUGGGGUAAGAAUUACAACGUUUCUCUUUUUCAUCCAAAGGCAUACUUUAUCCAAUGGAAAUAUUUCAGAUAUUAUCAGUGUUCUGCUGAAGUAUUUUUCCCAGUGUUUGCAUACUAGAAAAGUGGUGGGGGGGGGGACCAUUAAAUUGACUGAUUAAGUGAGGACUAGCAUACAAGGAAUUUGACUCUUAGAAGAUGUUUUAUAUUAUCUUUAACAUCUCCCUGCUCUGAUGUUCCUAUACAGCAGGCAUAGUCUGAUUCUACCUUAUGAAUCAGUGCACGCACAGCCUUUGCUAACAAAGCAGUUGUUCGUUUGUGGUAGGCUUGUAUGUGUGGUCUUUGGGGUUUUUCUAAUGUUGAACAUGCUGGGUCUAGCUAGAAAGCAUAUUCCUUUUUCCUUGACUCAAGCCCUGCAUACUGCUUCAGAGCACUUACCAAGUGAUAUCUCUUGGAUGGUGAAAUGUAAUUUUGUAUGUACAUGUUUCAGGGGAAAAAUUUUUAAAGCAGAACCUUUCACUGAACAAUUAGUGAUCUGUUAGAAUUAUGACACUAAAAGUUAUAUGAGUCCUAAGCGCUUUCUAGUCCUGGACAUCAAGAAUUUGUUUGAAUCUUUUUCAUCGUAUCUUUACCACACAAUGGGGAUGUUUUAUAAUUGAAGGAAAGUGCAGAGAUAUUUGGCGUCAGUGGGAAAGAGUCCAUGGGUUUCAGGCACGGUCACUGCUCUUUUCAGAAAGAUUGUGUUGAGCUAGUAGAAGACUAAAGAUGUCACUGAGGACAUCACAGAUAUUUAUCUUUCGGCUUUGUGUACAUUAGAGAAUGUUGAUUAUUUUUAUACAAAAAUACAGCGGGUAAUUUUUUUAAUCUUUAGAUGCCUCUUGUUUGAAUGUAUGCUUUGUGGGAUUCUUUUGUGUAGUAUCAUUUAAAAAACGAUGUUUACUGAUAGUUACAUGUAGGAUUAGAGUGUGUGUAAUACAGUGUAAGGCUCCUGUUCCAGACCUGCAAUAGCUUGUAGUCCGUGUUACAUAUUUCCUUGUAUCCCAUUUUUAAUGAUCACAUUCAAGUUUCAAGGUAAGGUAGGUACUCUGUAGGCAACUUUCACUUAUUAGCAUUUAAUCAUUGUGACAAGAGUUGUCACAGGCUUGACUUUUUCCUUCAUGUUGCAAUUUCAGAACAAUUACAGACUGAGCACUAGUAUGAGAUGGUCCACUGUAUGGGGGUGGGGACACAAAGGAAUUAAAACUUGAUUAUAGAUAAACCACAGCUUAUGUAAAAUUGAUUAUUCGGGAGAGAUUCCCCUUGCAAUAAUGAUUACCUCCCAUGACUGUAUUAUCUAUAGCCUUCAAGGUGUUAGCUUUGGACUGUUACAGGUUCCCCUUUUCUUUACACCCCUUCUAAUAGCAGUCCUGUGCCUGGCACUGUGUUAAGUGUCCAAGAAAGCUUGCCAGAGGGGUUUCCGUGUGAGAGCACCUUAUAAUCUUCUAUCUCAUAAUAAUAAUAAUAAUAAUCUUAAGAAUACUCUAGAUCUUCUGUUGUCUCCACUCAGAAAAUAGCAGAGAGUAUACUUGCUUUUUUCAGCUGAGUCUUUUCAUUUAGAAAUGGCUCCUGUGCUUUCAGCUGGUCAGUCUCACCUUCGAUGCAGCUGUUUCUUUCAAGAUAAUUAAACCGUCUUAGUUUCAGUUAUGUAUAAUGGACAUGGGUGAUCACACUGGGUGUCCACCUCUCUCCUGAGCUUUAAGCAGUUUUCUUAUGAUAUAGAUGGGAAGAGUACUAUUGUUUUCAUUUUUCCUUCAUAUUAUUGUUUCAGAAUUUUGAUUGAUGAGAGGGAAUGACAAGCAGAAAGGGGAUAUGGGACGCUCUUCCUAUUUUUGCCACUUAAGUUCACAUUUUCUGACUUCUUUAAACAGAUGCAAUCUCUUUCCAUUGAGGGAAAAGCUUUAAGCCAUGCAUUCCUAAGAAAGUAAACAAGCAGAGAGAGCUGGUUUGUAAAAGUUAUUUUUCAAGUGACACGGGUUUUCAUCAGAAACCCUCGUACCCGGGCGUCUGACACAGCCACGCAGCUUUGAUAACACUGAUGUGGUAUGAGACAGACUGCUGUCCCCAAACCUGUCACUUUUUAAAGUGGCAUUUAAGUAUUUCCAAGAUGGUAUUUCUAAUUUGCAGUGGCUUCCUGUAAACAGGGUGUUUUUAGUCCCACUUUCAGGACUGUCACCUAGAAGGAGAGAAGGGGAAGUGGGAGGGGAGAGAUGCCCGUGAAGAGACUCGGGAGUGGGAGAGGCGGCUGCUGCGCUCGCUAGCUCAUCCCGCCUCAGCACCGAGCAGGAGUCUGCACUUUGGAGCUGAUGCUCACGUUUUACCUAGUUUCAAAUGGAAAUGACUUUAAGUGGCCCACUGUUUUUUAUUUUUGUUUCCUGGUGUGUUGAAACACUUAGAACUGUAUGAAAUAUUUUUAUGUCCAUGCCUUUGAAUAACUUUUGACAUAGCUGAUUUUCAUAUAACCAGUGUGAAGUGACAGUUGGGCAUGUAUUCCAACGCUGGCCGUAGACUGAGAUCUGCCCUGGAGCCCCUGUCACUGAUGUGUUCAGCUCAGUGUUAUUAAGUCCCAUUGUCUGUAUUUGAAGGGUGUUGGCACAAGUGUGCUAGGGAGGCAAUAUAUAUAGAUUGUGUAGUCUUAGGUUGUGUUUACGAGUGUGGAAAUAGUUUCAGAAAGAAUAAACUAUUGUAGGUGUGUGUGAGUGAUGUUUCCGCACAGCUGUGUCAAAAGGACGAAAUCCCUGACUGAACACACUGUUCAAACAUUUUAAAGAUUACUGUCAACCAAAACAGCCUGGUUAUAUUUUGCGGUUAGAAGAUCCUCGCUCUUAGUGAAUGGCAGGAACACACGCAGCGAUUGUGCAGCUAGCAUAGAGCAUUACCUAAUGGCACGAAAGGGCCGUCCUCACAACUUACCUGCCUAAGCCUCCUCUAGCCCUAAACUCAGCGUGAAGACGCUCUUCUCAAAGAGACCUCUGCCUGAAAACCCUCGAAGAGGGUCUUGCAGUGGGGUUACUUUUAGGAAGGUAACUGGAAAGGGCUUUCUAGUUUCUAACCAUCGGGUUUCAGUGAAACCUCUGGGCAGCGGAACCGGCGCACCUAUCUGUGCACAGUGUUCGCUCCAGCUGCUCCCUCUGCGUUUUCCAGGGUGGGGGGUUGGGAAGUGGGGAGGAGACCACAGACAGGAGGAAGAGCGCUCCAGACCCAAGGGGACAGCACGGUUGACUGAGUGAGGUCAUGCAGUACAGAUAGGCCUCCGGUAGUUCAAAAUAAUAAAUUGUAAUGGCUGGACCCCUGUUACACAAUAACAGGGUGUUUAGUGCAUUGGGAUUUACCUGUCUGUAUUCAGCCUCCAUUCUUUCACUCUGUGUCAGGUGGCCCUGCCCUUAGGAGCACACUAAGAGUUCCAGUGAUACAUGAGUUACUUUUGACUUUGAAAGAGGCGACAGCUAUUGUUGUUGGAAAGUAUUUGUCAAAACCUCAAAGGUUAAUCAUUAUAAUUGUAAUCAGUUAUUGAGUAUUCGCUUUCAGAUGCCACAGUUGAGUCAACCUUAUGAAUUUUUAUAAAGAAAAGCAGUUUUAAGAUCAUAUUUUAGUUGCUAGUUUGUGUCUCAGUCCAAGAAUUGGAUGGCUAAGAGCCGGCUGUAAGUUUUUCUUGAUCAGUGUGGGUUUCUGUCAACGCGAGCCUGCCUCUGUUUCUUUGAUGCGCAGGAGUGCUGAUCACACGUGCUUCCAUUCUCGCUCAAAUCUGUUCGGAACAUUUGAUUUCAUCUUAAAGGUUGAUUCAAUUUAGAUAAGCACAAAUACAGUAUUAGGGAAAGUAAAUAUGCAAUUUUACUAAAAUUUCAUUUCAACCUAUUAAAAGCUAUAUAUCUUUAAAAGAAUUCUUUGGGAAGCUAAUCCUCUUUGGUUAGAAGCUCAAAAAAUACGUCAUCAUAUAAUUUCCUUCAGAGCGGCAAUACUAGCCAUUUCUUCAAUUAAAAAAUGUUAAAAAUUAUGUUGUCUUUAGAAAAAGUUUCCUAAAUUUUUAAGCAUUCUAGUUUUACACGUUAUUUUUAGAGCUGAUUUAAUCUAGCUUAAAAUAAUAAUAUAAGAAAGCUCUUUUUGAAAGUUGUAAAGCACUAAUACAAAUGUAAUUAUUACCAUCAUAUUCCACAGCAAAACACUGUUUUCCGCACGCGCACUCUGGUUAGUGUGCACAGAGGGGUGACCCCCCCUUUCCAGGUCUGACACCCGGCACCUCCAGGGGAAACGGUCCCCUUCUGCUCGGACGGACGACCUUUCAACAAAGUGCCAUGUCUGUGGAACCCUUUGGGAAAUGUUUUCCACGAAUGUUUCAUCUCUUUCCUUUUUAUAGCUUAUGAACAUUUAAUUUUAUUUAAGAUGACAUUUUAACCUCGGAUGUUAAAGAGGUACUCUAGAAAGGUAUUUUUUUCUAUUGUCUUUGAAAAAUACAGUUGCUGUCAGUGAUACCAGGGGUGUAAAUAUGCAUCCACAGAAAGAAAACCUGUGCAAAGCUGUUUAAAUCUAUUGUUUAAAAGCAUAGUAAUUAAUGAAGCUUAAUUUGGA